AGUCCAGUUAUCCAAUACACUGUCAGUUAAACCGAGAGUACCAAUGCUUCAUGUCCUUUAAUUAAUCUUGUAGCACUGGGUCCGAGGUUCUUUGCUAUGUCCAAAUUCUCAGUGCUACCACUAAUGGCGGGGGUGAAGAAAGUACUAGGUAAAACACAUGCUAAUUGAUUAUAUUUUCAUUCACUGAGUAGGAAAAAGGAUUAAGCGUCUCUUCAGCCACUUUUCAGGAGAAAAAAAGAACUAUAGAGUUGUUCUGCUUAAUAUCCAGAGGUAAUUUUGCUUAGGAUUUGGAUUUGGGUUUCCUAACUCCCAACCCAGUCUUCUUUCUUAUAGAAGGAGGAUAGUUAUUCUGACUGUUUCUGGUUCUUCUGCAUAAUUUAAAGGGUUUAUAGCAUGUGACCCAUUUAAGAGUUCUCCCCUCUAAGGUCUGUUGUCUGAAAGCGUGUUUUAAAAAUUAAAGAAACACAGUGUCCAAGCCUGAAAUGAGGUGGGUAUAGACCCCUGUUGGUUGACCACAUUUAGAAACUUGAAGUUAUAGGUAUCAUUUUAACCAUUUUUAUAUCUAAGUUGAUAAUUAUCUUAUAAUAUUUGUUUUAAAUAAUUUAAAGACUGUCAUAGAAUUAUUUGCUUGCACUUUGUACUUAAAACAUGUCUUUGUGAUACCAUCUAAUAGAUUUUUUUUCAUUCUUUGAGGUUUACCACUUGUAGAUAUUAAAAAAUUUUGGACUGAAAUUAUAACUCAUAGAUGGAACUAAUUUUUAAUUUCUUAUAUCCAUUUCCUACAUCUUUUAGCCGCUUUUUGCUCUCAGCCAUGUCUUUUCCUGAGCCGUGCAGUAGGCAUAGGCUGAGAUGCGGACAUCUUGGAAAAGUAGCACCUAUGGUUUUCCCUGAAACAUCCAGUGUACUUAACAUCUGCUGCAGUGUUUGGGGUAGAAAUAAACAAGUCUUCUGUAAAAUAGCGAGUCUGUGAUGAGGUCGUGGUUUACAAAAACCUGAGCAGUAAACUCCCAGUCACUCAGGGGCCAGUGAUCAUCUGAUCAAUCAAUCAUCUUUCCUUUUCCCUUCUGCAGCUAUCUUUUGACCAUUUUUGUGCAUGUUAGGAGGGAAAGUGAGAGGAAGUAAAGUUCUCAGGCCUUCCUUUCACUUCCUGAAAAAUGGGUUUGAAUAUUGAUUUCUUUCAGUUAAUUCUUAGCAUAUGUAAGCAGCAUGACCUUUGAUUUUCCCUUUUAAAAUGAGUCCACAAAAUACAGAAAGAAGCAGUAACAUAGUGAUGUCUUAACUAUGGAAGUUGACUAUUAAAAAUCUGUAGAGAAGUUCUGGAAUCAAAUGAUCGUCUAAAUAUAAAUAAGCACGUGUGUGGGUACACAUGCAGGCACACUGGCCACUGAGGAACUGGGGAGAAGGCAAAAGAGGGUUUGAAAUGAAAGUCUUACCCCUGAACGGAAGCUCAGCUGAGUUCAUCAGUACUGGACCAUCAUAACUAUUAGAAAAUGUUUUCAAAUUUCUUAUGAGAUUGUGCUUUUGGUAUUGGUCACUGGUCCUACUCUAAUGCCUAGAAAGUUUUCAAAAUAUAGAAGUUUUUAAUGGAGUUAAAUUUUCUGGGAGCUAUGAAUCUGAUCUCACAAGAAAUCCAGAAAUGUUCAGGAUGUGUCCUUUGUGGCUAGACCAUAGUAGAGUAGUAGCAACCAAGUAGGUCAUCUGAUGUAUGAUCUCAGAAAACAGCCCCCUUUUUGUCCCCUAAAAAAUCAGGUCAAAAGUCCGGGUGCGGCUCUUACACGGAUGACUGCCUGCUGUUACAAGGACUUGAAAGACAGUGAGAGUGAUUCAAGCUCAGAGGAAGAACGGAGAGUCACUACCCGAGUUAUUCGCCGGCGUUUGAUUAUAAAGGGAGAGGAAGCAAAAAACAUUCCUGGUGAAUCUGUCACGGAAGAACAAUUUACUGACGAAGAAGGCAAUCUCAUCACCAGAAAAAUCACUCGGAAAGUAAUAAGACGAAUCCCUCUCCCACAAGAGAGAAAACAUGAUGACAUGGUAAUGGAGAGGGGCUGUCAAAGAAAAAGUAGAGGAUAAACGCUUUGUGAACUUUUUAGAAAAUGCUGCUAACAGGCUGGCAUCUGCAGUGUGAAAGCUUGAAGCGUUUGCUGCUUUUGACACCCUGUGCAUUUGAUCGGGGUCAAGGAAAAAGACUUUUCUUCUUAACAUUCUUUAACAUUAUAUAUUUUUUUACUGUCUUCAGAGUUUUCACAGAGAUAAGUUCAUUUAUGGAGGGUAGAAUGUGCUGGUUCAAGCAUGUAAGGGGAAUAAAAAGCCUCUCUGACCACCAGCCCCCUUGGCAGUGCCUGCCUGGGACGAGGAUGGAGGGCGCUCACUUCUAGCAAAUGUAAAAGGUUUAAAUGUUAGAAAGGCAGAAACCUCAAUUCAGGAUCCUUACCCCAAAUCUAUACAUUUUCCCUUUCCAGUAUUUCUACAGGGAAAUCUGGAUUCCCUCAUCUUAACCUGAGGAGGGUUCUCCUCUUUGGGUUUGUAACAGCACAUUUCCGGUGGCUGGUGAAGGAACGAAACCCACCGUAGCUCAGUGUAACUCAGCAAAUGCGUCUCCAUCUCCCAGACAGAGCACCUCUGGUUAUUUGUCACUUCUUUCCUCUACUCAGAUCUUUACCCCUUUCAUUUUGAAAAUAGAAACUCCAGUAGCCUGUGUUUACAUAAGAAAAAGUGAACUGAAAAUUUCUCAAGACUGAGUCAGAAAAGUGGAAAGGCUACCGUGUUUCUGUCAUAAAGCGUGUAAAAGUGGAGGGUUUGUACAACUUUGCUCUUGGAGAAAAGUGUCCCUGGUGCUCAGUGAAGAGAGGUCUUGUUUGAUGGAAAAUGGAUGCUCGCUUGAUCUGGAGGAACAGGAGGGGCUUGGUCAUUCCACAGACUUAAAAACAAAAACCCUCAGACCAACAUUUCCGUGGUGUUUAGUUCAUGAUCAGUGCUCUCCUGAGAAAUUUGAGUCUCAACACAACAGAUCACUUAAAAUUCCAUUGGCUUAAGAAGAAAUAAAUUAUAAUUUACUAACAUUUUUUUAGAAUUGGGGUUCGGGUGCCUUGAAGGCUUUGGUGAUCUCUUUUAGCUUACCACAGGAAAUGAACCGGCUACGCAUUUUUUUUUAAUUUAUCACUAACCUUUUUAAAAAUUUUAUUUAUUACUAUUUAUUAUUUUUAUUAUCACUAACCUGUAUCACUAACCUACUGAGUUCUUGUGAAGCAUAGUUACGUUACUGUAUUCAUUCUGACAGCGCUCUCAAGCUUGCCUUCAUGACGCUAGGCUGUGCGGUGAAGCCAAAUAGAUUGUGUGUAUUUUGGGACCUGAAGUGACCAAGUGCUUUCAACUGUGUUUCACUUACCCUAAUCCAGCCUCAAGGGACCAGAAUGGGAACCGCUCUAUAACAAACUUUCACUAUGAAAUCUUAAUACGUACAUUCCUU